AUGAACAAAUUGAAGAUUUUCAUAAUGCAGGAGCCUGUUGUAGCUACAUCUUGCCUCAUCGCUGGCGUUGGCCUUUUUCUUCCCGUUGUUGUAAGGCCAAUGUUGGACAACUAUGAAACUUCUAAAAAUAUUCCUCAAAUCCCUCUUAGAGAUGGGAAUAUUUGGCUUAUAUGA